CCCGACAGCGCACUGCUGCUGUGUCCGUGUGUAUGUGCACUAGUUCGGCUGUCGUGCGGCCUUCAUGCUGUUAGCAUAUACAUAUAAACGACUUGUUAUCGUCAAUACACUGCUUAAAUAAAGCAUAAUGGCGUCCGGAGCCGAGAGAGUGGAGCCUGGAGACAGCGAACAGGAUGAAGAAGAUGUAUAUGAAGUGGAGAGGAUUAUUGACGUGCGAGUGGAGGAGGGAGAAGUGCUGUACAGGGUGCGAUGGAAGAACUACUCCUCGGAAGAUGACACCUGGGAACCUGAAGCUCACCUGGACGACUGCAAGGAGGUGUUGCUGGCCUACAAGAAGGCUCUGGCUGAGUUGAAGCCAAAAAAAGAACCUGCCAUGCUUCCGAUGAAGAGUGACCUGUUUGAUGCCGACUCUGAGAGUGACAGCGAUAAAGAGAAACCCAAAGAGUCACCUAUGAAGAAAAAGAAGAAGAAGAAAAAGAAGAGAAUGGAGGACUCGGAUGAUGAGAUGUCUGUGAGGGAGAAGAAGAAGAAAAAAAAGAAGGAAAAAUGGCGAGAGGACAAGCCUCUGCCUGCGCCUGAGUCUGACGAAGAGGAGGAGAGCAGGGAUCCUUCACCCGCACCUUCUAAAAAAGAGACCAAGAAGAGGUUCAUCGACUCCGAUGAUGAGGAUGUCCCAGUUACUCCUAAGAAACAGAAGAAGCUUGACAAGCCUAAAGAUGCAGGAAAGGUGAAGAAAGAGAGCGGAGAGGAACGCAAGAAAAAGAAAAUCAAGUCCAAAAAAGAUAUCGAUUCUUCAGAUGAAGAUGAGAAGAGUGACGCGCCCUCGGAGUCCCACACAGAUGAUACGACAAACACAGAAACGAAUGAUUCCUUCAAAACGACAACAAAAAUCACAGAGAAGCUUGUUCGUAGUGAAAGUGGAGGCGAUCUCAAGCAGGUCAAACAGAAGAAAGAAAAGUCUGACAUCAAGCUGCAAGGUUUCAAAGACUUGAUUCUAGAGAAGAAGCCUAAAAAACCAGAGGCUUCAUCGGCAGUGGCCAAAGACGUUGGUUUGAACAAGAUCAAGAGCUUUACUGGUAGCAAGAGCACUAGCAAGUCUUCUCGCAGUGAGGAGGAGCCUGAUUCCAGUGACACAGGGGCGGCCACAUCCACACCCAAGGCAAAGGUGAAAAGCAAAGCUCAAGAAGCCGCUACAUCUUCUCAGAGGCUCUCCUCUGCAUCUUCCUCCUCCUCAUCCUCCACAGCCUCAACAGCCCCCAUCAAACCCAGAGAGGAGGAGGCGAAGGAAGAAGCUGGUGACAAAGCUAGUGCCUCCAACCUCUUUGAGAAGUUCCUGUUGAACUGUGAGGCGAAAGAUCGAGCACCACGAAGACUAGCGGACCAGAACAAGAGCACGACACCAAAGGGUGGCAGCAAAAAUGACAAGAAAACAAAAUUGUCAAAGCAGUCUCCGGGACGGAAACCUGAUUCUGACAAGACAAAAGAUGUCCCACGAUCCAGUCAGAGUCCCGUCUCCAUGGAGGUUGAUGAGAAACAGGAGAAGGGGUCAUUCGAGUUGGAGAAAAGUGACAAAUCAGACGAGCUGACCCCAAAAUCUAAAGAAGAAUUACAACGGGAGCAGAGAGAGGAGGAGCAAAGGAAGAGGAAAGAGAAGAUGGAAGAAGAAGAGAGAAAGAGGAAAGAAAGGAUUGAAGAAGAGGAGAGAAAGAAGAAAGAAAGAAUAGAGGAAGCGCAGCGGGAGAGGAAAGCACGCCUGGAGGAGGCACAGAGAUUUGCAGAGGAGGCCCGGCAAGAGCUAGAAAGGAAGUCUAUGGCUGAGUCAAUUGUGUCUCCAGACUCUACAGAAGACUCCAGGUGGAAGGACAAGAGGAGGAAAAGGAGGGAUGACAGUGAAUCACGGGUUUUCACCGCCUGCGAUGACAAUCAGGACUCUCAGGAGAAUGUGGAACGCUCGGACAAAACUCCUGACAGGGGACCACCAUCCCUUAAUCUUGGCGUGGAGCUCAAGCUGGACUGGAUGACACUGGAGGACUUUCAGAAACACUUGAAUGGAGAGGAUGAGAAUCUCUCUCCGCUAGCCUUAACACCCACCGAGCUACGAGAAGCAGUGAAGAAUGGGAAUUACUUGGCGGUGAAACGUGCUCUUAGUUCAAAAGAGGACUACAAUCUGGACCAGGAGGACUCUAGCGGUAUGUCUUUAACGCUGCUGGCGGCUGCAGGCGGUCAGGAUGACAUCCUCAGGCUGCUCAUUAAGAAAGGAGUGAAGGUCAACUCCAGACAGAAGACUGGCACCACGGCACUGAUGCAUGCUGCUGACAAGGUGGAGAAAACCAAGAACUUCUUGACGACAGUGGCCAUUCUUCUGGAGGCAGGAGCUUCUGUAAAUGCCCAAACUCUGGGUGGAGAAACGGCUCUCAUGAAGGCUUGUAAGAGGGGCAAUGCAGAUGUGGUUCGCCUCCUGCUGGAAUAUGGAGCUGACUGCAACAUCCUGUCCAAACACAAGAACACUGCCUUGAACUAUGCCAAACUCAGUAACAACCUGAUGGUUUAUGAUCUGGUCAAAGACCACGUGCAGACGUUAUCAACAGUGGCGGAGGAGACAAUCAGAGCUUAUUUUGAAACCAGACUGGCUUUGCUGGAACCUGUAUUUCCUCUGGCUUGCCACAGAUUGUGCGAGGGACCAGACUUUUCACUGGAGUUCAAUUACAAACCCCCACAACAUGCACCUGGAGAAGGGUCUGGCAUCCUACUCUUUAUCUUCCAUGCAAAUUUCCUUAAUGAAAUCACAGCUAGACUCUGCGGGCCCUGUAGUGUUCAUGCUGUGGUCCUGAAUGACAAAUUUCAGCUGCCCAUCUUCUUGGACAGCCAUUUCAUUUACUCUUUUAGCCCUGUUCAAGGAGCCAACAAAAUGUUCAUCCGUCUGGCAGAGUCCCCCACAGCAAAGGUGAAGCUCCUCAUUUGUGCAUACAGAGUCCAGCUACAGUGACGUCACAGGGUGAAGGUCACUGCAGGAGCUCGUCCUCUCCAAAAACUGAGACUUUUCCUACACCUGCUGAACAUGAUAUGCUUUAGAAAUGGUUUGGUUUUUUGUGGAAUAAACCGAAAGACAGUAAUACUAACAGGUCAAUAACAACAGUCACAGUUCUCAGCGUGACUUAUAAGUUCUUGUUUAGCUAAGUGUUGCAACCAGUUUUCAGAGGUCUGAUUUUUGUGGAUUGAAACUGCAUCACCCUCGAGGUCAGCAUGAAAUAUGAUAAAUCGGGCUUGCGUCUGAAGGUCAUUUGUAAAUCUUGUUUGUAUAGUGUUCCUUUUAUUUCAUUUCUUUUUAAAUAGAAUAAUUUAUCACUCCAGAUUCUCACUCACUGUUUUGUUUUAUGUUCGGUGUGUUUAACCAGACCACGCACUCGUCUGAUGUGUGCAGAAUGAAUGAAGGAAUGAAUGAGCAGUUCUCAUCUCCCUGUUGCUUUGCAUUCGAGGGGCCACAAAAAAAACUGGACACCGGUGUGACUGACCAUCAAAAGCGUGUGCUUUAAAAACUUGAUAUUUCAUACUGUCUUUGCACAGAAUGUGAUUUUAAUCCUGAAUUGGAUACAUAAUGAAGCCAUUGUUUUGAAAGAAAUGUAUGAAAGUGUACGUUUAACUUGUACACUAUUUUAAGGGCUAAUGUGUGAUUGCACUGAGAGGAGGAUCCACACAGGUUGAAGUCAUCCAGGUAGAAACGAUCAUUAGAAUGGAUUACUUUGAUGCUGGUUAGCAGCGAUCGUGACUCUUUUCACGUGUCGUCAUGCAGGUUGAGCACCAGCCCAGUUUCAUUUCCUAUUAGAUUUCACAUUACAAGUCAAAUCUCUUGACUGAACUGAAGAGUCCGAUAUACUUUUGGACGUACAGUGAAGGGUUGUUUUAUUGUGUCGUUCAUGGCCUACCUCUCUUCAUCCUGUCAUUGUACUAUUAGUAAGUGAGAGAAAGACUGCUCAUUGAUUCAUUUCCUCGUUUAUUUACAGUAAAUAAACUGUACAUAUAUUUCCAUAACAAUCAAUUUGAUUCUUUUCUCUUUAAUACAGCAACAAGGAAUAAACGGUUCUCUAAAC